AAACCAAACACAGAAAGGAAUCAAAGAAACACGAAACCUGCUGAUCUUCUCUUCUCUUUCACUCCAUAUCUGUACAAAACAGAUUACAGCCAAAAAAUCCGAAACUGAGAAAUUUAACAAUCUUUUUAUUUCUUGAUCUUUUUUUAAAAAUCCAAAUAGGGGAAUGGUAAUAGUACAGCAGCAAGAGGAGGAAAUAAGGCAAGGUGGAGGAAAGAAGGGAAUGCGAUUAGGGAAAUACGAAGUCGGAAAAACUUUAGGAGAAGGCAAUUUUGGGAAAGUGAAAUACGCUAAACAUAUUGAUUCAGGUCAAUCUUUUGCAAUUAAGAUUUUGGACAAGGAUCGGAUUAUUGACCUUAGGUCUACUGAUCAGAUUAAGAGGGAGAUUGGAACAUUAAAACUCCUCAAACAUCCUAACGUGGUCAGAUUAUACGAGGUCUUAGCGAGCAAAAGCAAGAUUUAUAUGGUGCUGGAAUACGUGAAUGGUGGUGAAUUAUUUGACAGAAUCGUGUCCAAAGGAAAACUAAAAGAGGCACAAGGUAGAAAACUCUUCCAACAAUUGAUUGACGGUGUUAGUUACUGUCACGAAAAAGGUGUCUUCCACAGAGACCUCAAGCUAGAAAACGUACUCAUUGAUUCAAAAGGGAACAUAAAAAUAACGGACUUUGGGCUCAGUGCUUUACCCCAACAUUUUAGGGAUGAUGGUUUGUUGCAUACAACUUGCGGUAGUCCCAACUAUGUCGCCCCUGAAAUUCUUUCUAACAGAGGAUAUGAUGGCGCGACAUCAGAUACUUGGUCGUGUGGUGUCAUCUUAUAUGUCAUUCUCACUGGUUAUUUACCAUUUGACGAUAGAAAUCUUGCAGUACUUUAUCAAAAGAUAGUUAAGGGGGAUGUUCAUAUACCAAAAUGGCUAUCCGCUGGAGCAAAGAACCUCAUAAAGAGGAUUCUUGAUCCCAACCCACAUACUCGUAUAACGAUGGAAGAAAUCAAAGAAGAUAAAUGGUUCAAAGAAGACUAUACUCCUGUAAAUCCCGACGAAGAAGAUUUGGAAGAUGAUCCUGCAUCGACAGAUAAUCAAGUCUUAGCAGUACAAGAAACACCACUUGACGCGCAAAGAGAUCCAGAAUCACCUUGUGUGAUAAAUGCUUUCGAGCUAAUAGGGAUGUCGUCAUGUCUUGAUCUUUCUGGAUUUUUCGAGAAAGAGGAUGUUUCUGAGAGGAAGAUCAGAUUUACAUCCAGUCUCUCUCCAAAGCAGUUGCUGGAGCGGAUUGAGAAUAUGGUAACACAAAUGGGAUUUCAUGUCCAGAAAAAAAAUGGAAGGUUGAAAGUGAUGCAAGACCACAAAAGCCAAAAGAGCACGGCUAAUCUCUCAGUAGUCGCUGAGGUUUUUGAGAUUAGCCCAUCGUUGUAUGUUGUAGAGUUACGAAAGUCUUCAGGGGAUUCAACAGUAUAUAGACAGUUGUGUAAUAGGAUAUCGAGUGAUUUAGGUGUUCAGCGAAGCCAGGAACUCAUAGCUACUGAUGUAUAUUGAAAGCUGCGGACCAUUUGCAGUGGCGAUUAAAUCCAUUUUUUUGUUCUUUUCUCCUCUUCUAUAUUUAGAGGAGUCGAGCGAUAUAGCAUGAGAUACGCUUAGUUGUUUGAUUCUACGAGCGAUAUAGCAUGAGAUUAAAUGGCAAACACCAUUGAUUUGAUUAAGUGUACAGUAAGAAACAUGGCGUUAGUCGCCUUAUCAAUUAGUACAUUAAGGUAAAUUUGUAUUCUGUAGUAUCUAUUAUUUAGAGGACCUUGCUCUUGGAACAUGGCGAUAGUCGCCUUAUCAAUUAGUACACAUUUAGCUAAAUCUGUAUUCUGUAGUAUAUAUUAUUUGGAGGAGCUUGCUCUUUACAGGGAUUUUGAAGUCUCCAACCAGUUUAUAUCUGCUCAUAAAUAAUAUUGUAGCACUAUUUUAUUUA